CUGACACCGUUUCCGGUGUCGCCACCUUCUUUGUCUCCGGCCCAACAUUUCGACACCAGGGGCUGUCUAUUUUUUCCCUUUAGUUUUGAGGAUAUAUUUACACAUAUAUCCCUUGUUUUCUGAUAUUGAAUGACAGUCGACUCUGAAAUAUUUAUGCCUAAAAGUAAAGCGCCAAAAAUGGAUGAGCUGGACUACAUCCCAGUAGACCUGAGCCCAGAGGAGCGCUCUGAGCUGGAGGACAUCCGUAGGAGGAAGGGCGUCCUGCUGCAGGAGAUCCAGAGACUCAGAGAGGAAUUAAGAGAGGCAAUAUUGGAGGUGGAGGGACUGGAGACCAGCACAGAGGGCAGUAAAACUCUACAGAAAAGCAGACAUGUGGCAAUGGGAAGGAAGAAAUUCAACAUGGACCCCAAAAAGGGCAUUGUGUUUCUGGUGGAGAAUGACCUGCUCAGACACACUCCAGAGGACAUCGCUCAGUUCCUCUACAAAGGAGAGGGCCUCAACAAGACUGCUAUAGGAGAUUACCUUGGAGAAAGGGAUGACUUCAACAUCAAAGUUCUUCAGGCUUUCGUUGACCUCCACGAGUUCACUGAUCUCAACCUUGUCCAGGCCCUCAGACAGUUCCUGUGGAGUUUCCGUUUGCCUGGUGAAGCCCAGAAGAUUGACAGAAUGAUGGAGGCCUUUGCUCAGAGAUACUGCCACUGCAACCCCGGCGUCUUCCAGAGCACUGACACAUGUUACGUGCUGUCAUUUGCCAUCAUUAUGCUGAACACAAGUCUCCAUAACCCGAAUGUGAGGGACAAACCCGGAUUGGACCGUUUCAUCUCGAUGAACCGAGGCAUCAACGAGGGGGGAGACCUGCCUGAGGACCUGCUCAGAAAUCUCUACGAAAGCAUUAAAAACGAGCCGUUCAAGAUCCCUGAGGACGACGGCAACGACCUGACACACACCUUCUUCAACCCCGACAGAGAGGGCUGGCUUCUUAAACUUGGGGGACGAGUGAAAACCUGGAAAAGGCGAUGGUUCAUUCUCACAGACAACUGCCUUUAUUACUUUGAAUACACUACAGAUAAGGAACCGCGAGGUAUUAUUCCCUUGGAAAACCUUAGCAUCCGUGAGGUAGAAGACCCAAGAAAACCUAACUGCUUCGAGCUGUACAUCCCCAACAACCGUGGGCAGCUGAUUAAGGCGUGUAAGACGGAGGCUGAUGGGCGAGUAGUGGAAGGAAACCACAUGGUGUACCGUAUCUCCGCCCCCACACCCGAGGAGAAGGACGAAUGGAUCCACAGCAUCAAAUCUGCUGUCAGUGUUGACCCCUUCUACGAAAUGCUCGCAGCCAGAAAGAAACGUAUAUCCCUGAAGAAGAAGGAGGAACAACCGUAGAUUACUCCCUCCAUUCUCUCCCUGUCUUCCUUUGUCCUUCUCCUCUCUCCCUCCAACACUGGACACACAUGUUUUCUCAUCCAUCCUCCUCACCACCUGUUCAUACGUUUUUAUUACCCCCAAAUGCAUCCUCACCCGACUCCUGGCUAUCCUCUCUACCAGACUCUUGAGAGCCACAUUCAGAGUGAAGAGCUCUGUGGCUGCCUCCUCUUCUCUCGGUUCUUACACUACUGCUGUUCUCCCCACCCCGACACACCACAGCCAGAGCACACCGUCUGUCCCGUCGUCUCACCACAUUCCUCUCGCGUUCAGCAUUUAAGUGAACUGUGAAACCUCUCUCAGGCCAUAUUCACACUAAUGUUUUGCCCUUUCAUUCACACUCGAACAACUUCUCAAAAAAAAACGGCUCAGUGAAUGUGGUCGAAUCUGCAAACGCAGGGAAAAUGGAGGAUUUAAAAAUGUUAUGAUUGUCGUGAUCUCAGGCGUUUGUGCGUCCUUUUUCAUUCCUACUUCCCUCUUCACUGUUGCGCUGUAAACCACAAACAAUUCCUUAGACUCCACAGACAGUUGCUCAGCAGAAACGUGUAAGACUGCUGGCUGAAUAUUUCUCUUUUGGCCUUUUCAAUAUGUACAGUGGACUUUUAGACUACUCCAGUCUAGAAUCCUCUGAACGGCUAUCUUGUGAAUAUCUAUCUGCAUUAGUGUGAAUAUGGUCUUAUUCUGGGGUAGUAAGCAGCUUCAGUUCUCAUGAAGUCUUCUUUCAUAUUUAUUGAUGCUGCCUAAAAGAGAAAUUGCCUUGAUUGUGCUUACACCAGACAAAAUGUGAACUCACUAUUCAGACACUUAGUUUUCAGUCAGUGUUGAUCAGAUGGGAUGGAGGAAUCCAUUUAAGUCACAAAGAUACGGCAGCAGGAAAUGAUUUCAGAUUACUGAGAUGUGCUCAUUGCUUCCUAUGGUACUCUUAAUGGCUUCAAUACACAUUACUACUGUCUGCACUUAGAUACUGUAACCGUUAUGUGAGGCAAACGUCACCAUUCAUUAUAUUGACACUAGGUUUUUAUCGGCAAGUUACUGUUGAACUAUAAAUAUUGGUCGGGUCUCGAAGCGAAACGGUUGCUUUACCUGCAGAUUUAACGGAGACAAAUAUAAACGCGACUCUCCUUCCAGAUAGCUGCUUGUUUCAGCUCGCUGAGACAAUAUAUGUGUUCUUUGGCAGGUUUCCUAACAUGUUUGAGCAAUAGCAGAGAAAACUGAUCCACUCUGGAAGCUUGUUAACAAAUCCUUUUUAUAACACUGAUACUGAGCAACGAUCACCACGUCCUCAGAUGUAAUGUUCUCGCAUGCCACAAAUCAUUUUCCUUCUUGCGCAACACUACAAGACAAAUAUCUCUUUCACGAGUAAUAACCACGUCAGACAUUUAACUGUUAGAGCCUGGUCUGUCCGCUAUCGUGAGUUUCAACAAAUCACAAAGGCAGCUCAUUACAAUGUAUACUUUUUGUAAAUAGAUGUUAGCAUAUUUGUUUACGAUACACAUAGAAAUGAUUUAAUUUAUUCUUUAUCUUUUGUUAAAAUCUGAUUUUUGUACGAGCUACUGUAGGACUGCAUGUUGAUAAAACUGAGGCGUCGCGUCGUAGGUACUGACGCAUCGCCGAUCAUGCUAGUGCACUGAUUUGAAAAGUGUUAGUGUUCCCUGUUGACAUAUGAUAUGAAAGUUGAUUUAUGCAUAGAGUAAAUUGUCUUAAUCAUUAAUAAGAUGUUUUAGGAGAUGUUUAGUAGUCUGGUUUAUCUCCAGACCACCCUGUUGGUUUGUGGAGUAAAACAGACUCAGUAAAGCACAAGCAGUAACCAAUCUCACUCUUAUUAAACUAACGUCCAGUUGUUUUUACUUCAUUGGCUGCUCAGUGUCCACUUGAGAGUGUAAAGGAGAAGUUCACAAGUCGAAAUUGAACUGUUCCAUCAUACAUUAAAAAUGGAGACGACAAAACAAGGAACACUAACAAAGCUUUGAUUCAUUAUGUAAUAGUAAAAAUAUUCAGAUGUAAUGAAUCAGUAACAAGUUUAGAUUUGUGUCCAGUGAUAGAUUUGCUUGACAUCCAGUUCAUGAACUCAUUUCUAGUAGUUUAUUGAAUUGGCAUUUUUAGAUGGUAGUAAUAAAAAAAAAAAAUAAUUGUCUACUGCACUUUAUCAAUUUUAGCAUUUUGUAGAAAAUGCUGUUACUUUGACUGACAAUACUCUGUAGCACCCUCCACUGGUGAUCCACACACACUGCAAUAUGCUGAAGGAUGAACUGUGUAGAAAUACUGUGUAUCGCCACCACCUGGUCAGCACCAGCUAUAGCAGCAAUAGUUUCUGACCAGCAUGUACUGUAUUGAGCUUUAUUUGCCCACCUGAUGAUAAAGAUCAUGUUGUUUGAAGCUGAAUGGGGUAUUUUCUCUGUAAUCAGAAGCUUGUUUUAAAGACACAGCAAGUGAUAGGUCCUCUGAAUACAAAUCUAGUAUUGCCUUCUACUCUCUGACUUCAUAAACCUGAUAAAGUUCUUGACUUUAUAUCUCCAUGUUAGUGCUUCUACACAGUAUACAGGCUUUCUGGAGGCCUUCGCUUUCUGGGAAUUCUUGAAGUGCAAAGUUGCCAAAACAAAAAAAAAAUAAACAGUUGGGACAAACAAAUGUUUCCAUUAGAACAAACGAAUGAACACUGAAAUGAUCAGUUUGAAACUGGGCCUCUGUUUCUGAUUCCUGUUACCCCACACCCACCUCUUUUCAGAAAAUGUGUUUAUUUUGUAUUUAUUUAUUUUUUAUUUACUGUGAGGUGAAGAUGGAUAGAUCAUCUGUAAAUGUAGCAAAAGGAAAACCACGAUACAUUGGUGCCAGUAAACUACUGUGUAACAAUAAAAGGUAAACAGAU